AUGUUGAGAAGGCUCCAGAAGACGUCGAGAAAAAUCCAACUGACACCGAAAAAACAAAACGCAUCUCCACCUGACUCUCGACCUGAAACUGUCUGUAAGCAAUUGGAAAGUCCACUGGAAAAGAAGGGAAUUAUUCGUGAAGCCUCCAUUCCACUGACUCCUUCAAACGCCGUAGACGUGAUGAUGAUAGACAUCAGAGAGACAUCUGCAGCAGACAUGUGGGUGGUACUCCAUAGACAACGAAUCGACGGAAAUCUGACGCCGAUGAUGAAUACGGAGGAGCACUGUUUCUUGCAAGUCAGUGUCUCGUUAAACGAUAGCGAUCAGAUGUUGCAGUUUUUGUUUAUUCGUAUCAGUUUAUUGAUCACGGAUUGUUCUGGCAGUAGUCUUUACAAUCCGGAUCAUGUGACUGAUAUCACAGAUACUACUGAUUCAGUGGAACAACUUGAUAUUCAUAUGUGUCGCGAUCUACGAUCAGCGACUUCAACCACCGUAACAACCGCUGCAGCCGCAACCGCCGCCACUGUCUGGAGAUAA